UUUCCAGAUAUAAACAUAAUUUUAGCUUCAUACAUUGUUAAAGCAUUCUAAAAUAUAUUUUUUUCUAAAAAUGAGUAUUUUUGAAUUGCAAGGAUUGAAAAUCGUCCCAGACAUCAUUCACGAAUAUAAAGAACACACAAAAGCAAAUCAAACUCCAUUAAUAAUUGAUAAUGGUUCGUACGAAUGUCGUGUUGGUUGGGCCACCAGCGAAAAUCCAAUGAUGAUUUUUCGAAAUUUAAUCGCAAAACCUCGAAGGGAAAAAGUGAAAAAAGACGGUGAACUUCCGCUCGUUCAGCCAACACAAGUUGGCAAUGACAUUGUUAACAUUGAAGCCAUGCGAUACCAACUUCGUACACAAUUUGAUCGAAAUGUCGUGACUCACUACUACAACCAGGAGCAAAUAUUCGACGAUAUAUUCAAACAUUUGGCCAUUGAUACCGAAAAUUGUGUAAAUCAUCCAAUUGUGUUGACAGAAUGUGUUGCCAAUCCUAAUUAUUGUAGACAACUUAUGUCUGAGUUGCUGUUUGAAUGCUACGAUGUGCCGGCCAUUUGCUAUGGCAUCGAUUCUUUGUUUAGUUUUAAGCAUAACAAUUUGGGUGAAAAUGGUUUAAUCGUUUCGAUUGGAUAUUAUACGAUUCAUAUAAUUCCGGUGUUGAACGGUGUUGCUCAGUAUACAAAAAUACGUCGAAUAAAUCUGGGUGGAUUUCAAAUUAUAACAUUUUUGCAUCGGCUUUUACAAUUAAAAUAUCCAGUUCAUGUGAAUGCUAUUUCAUUGAGUCGAAUUGAAUGGCUUCUUCAUACACAUUGUAGCGUUGCAUACGAUUAUUUGGAAGAGCUUAAGAAGUGGUCAUCGUUGGAAUUCUAUGAGAAGAAUGUGAAAAAAAUUCAAUUACCCUACAAUGCGCCGGUUAAUUCAACAAACGUCACUCUCACAGCUGAACAAAAGAACGAGAAGAAGCGAGAAAUGGCCAAAAGGCUUGUGGAGAUGAAUGCGCGAAAGCGAGAAGAGCGUUUGAAUGAAGAUCGACAGCAACUUGAAAAAUUGAUAAACAUCAAAAGGUGCUACGAACGUGGAGAAAUGAAGGAAUAUCAGAAGGGACUGCGACAAAAUCUGUUAAGCAAUCGCGAAGAAUUAGAGAAAAUCAUUCAAGCGGUGAGAAAUCGUGUUGAUCGCGCAAUGCAGAAAAUGAAUCAAACCGAAACCAUGGCAAAUAACUCAUAUGAAGAGAAGAUUCCACAACCGCCAAACAAUAUGAGUAUUGAAGCGUGGGUGGUUGAUAUUCGACGAAAACGAGCCGCAAUUGUGGAACGUCGAAAUUCAAGAAAACAACGAAAACAAGAUUUGGCCAAGCGUCGAACCGUUGCAGCACAAGAACGAAUGCGAAUUAUUUCACAAUUGGCACGUAAGGAAAAGGAUGAUGACGAUUUUGGAAUGCGGGACGAAGAUUGGGAUGUUUAUAAGACAAUCAGCAAAGAUGAUGACAGCGAUAGUGAUGUUGAGAAUGAGAAACUCAUUGAAUUUGAUUCCAUAUUACGAAAUCAUGAUCCAUCUUUCGAAGAACCACAAAUUACACAGGAAUGUGCAGCCGAAUACUAUCAACUUCAUCUGGGCCUCGAAUCGAUAAGAGCGCCGGAGCUUCUGUUUCAACCAUCGAUGAUUGGAAUCUCUGAAGCAGGCAUCACAGAGACCAUAGACUAUGUAUUGAAACAAUUCUCACCCGAAGAUCAAUUGCUUCUUGCGCAGAAUAUAUUUUUAACCGGCGGAUGUGCGAAUUUUAAAGGCUUGAAGGAGCGUCUCAAUCGUGAAAUGAUGCAAAUUCGCCCAUUCCAGACCGCAUAUAAUGUAGUUGUAGCAAAAAAUGUAAAUUUGGAUGCCUGGUGCGGCGCACAACAAUUUGCGAAUUCAAAUAAUUUCAAGGAAUUUCUUACAACAAAGAGUGAUUACAUGGAAUUUGGUGGCGAAUACAUAAAAGAACAUUACGCAAGUAAUAAAUACUGUCCAACUCCUGCUGAGCCCAAUCAAUGCAUUGAAACAGAUAAUACAAGUAACAUCCAAACUAGUGAUGUUAAAGAAGAAGAAAUCUAUGUGGAAUAAUUUGAAUUUGACGAGAGAAAAACGACCCAUGUCAUCAACAUUUAUCAUUUUAUUAAAGAUUUCAACACACACACAAAAA